CAUGGGGGCGGACUGAAGCAGCCGGGGCGGCCGAGCGCUCUCUCUCGAGCCGCGGGCCCUCCUCCGCGGCGGCGGCGGCGGCGGCGGCUGCGGGCGCCCGGCCCGGCGCGCUCUGCCCGGGGCGCCCGCGGGAGCCUCCGCCGCGCUUCUAUGCGCCUCUGCGGGCGCCGUGGGCCCCGGCCAUGGCGAUAGACCGGCGGCGCGAGGCGGCGGGCGGCGGGCCCGGGCGGCAGCCGUCCCCGGCCGAGGAGAACGGCUCCCUACCGCCCGGGGACGCGGCGGCCUCGGCGCCCCUCGGGGGACGCGCGGGCCCCGGCGGCGGUGGCGGGGAGAUCCAGCCGCUGCCCGCCCCGCAUCCCGCCGCCGCCGGCCCGCACCCGGGCUGCAGCUCGGCGGCGGCGGCCCCGAGCCUCCUGUUGCUGGACUACGAUGGGUCGGUGCUCCCCUUCCUCGGGGGCCUGGGCGGGGGCUACCAGAAGACCCUCGUGCUGCUCACCUGGAUCCCGGCGCUGUUCAUCGGCUUUAGCCAGUUCUCGGACUCUUUCCUCUUGGACCAGCCGAACUUCUGGUGCCGCGGGGCGGGCAAAGGCGCGGAGCUGGCGGGGGUCACCGCCACCGGCCGGUGGGACGCCGGCGACGUGGCCAACUGGACCAGCCCCCCGACCACCCCCUUCUCCACUGCCUCCUGGGGGGCCGCGGGCAACCUUAGCAACGGCAGCGGCGCGGACGGGGGUGACACGCCACCCCUGCCGUCCCCUCCGGACAAGGGGGACAACGCCUCCAACUGCGACUGCCACGCGUGGGACUACGGCAUCCGCACAGGCCUCGUCCAAAACGUGGUCAGCAAGUGGGAUCUUGUGUGUGAUAAUGCCUGGAAGGUCCAUAUCGCUAAGUUCUCCUUACUGGUUGGAUUAAUCUUUGGCUACCUAAUAACUGGAUGCAUUGCUGACUGGGUUGGCCGGCGGCCUGUGCUGUUGUUUUCCAUCAUCUUCAUUCUGAUCUUUGGACUAACCGUGGCACUGUCAGUGAAUGUGACCAUGUUCAGCACCCUCAGGUUCUUUGAAGGAUUCUGCCUGGCUGGAAUAAUACUUACCUUGUAUGCAUUACGACAGCACCAGGCUCAUGAAGAGUCUCAAGCAAGAAAGGCGAACCUUUAUGUGCUUUGGGGGAUCACUCAGCCUGCGGCAGAGGAGAGCAGACCAAGGAAGAAGACCAGGCUCAAAGCUGGGAGGCUGUUGCAGGAUCCAGGAAUAGAGCUGUGCCCCCCCGGAAAACGGUUCAUGAUCACGAUGGUGGCGAGUUUCGUGGCCAUGGCGGGGCAGUUCCUCAUGCCCGGGCUGGCCGCCCUGUGCCGGGACUGGCAGGUCCUGCAGGCCCUCAUCAUCUGCCCCUUCCUGCUCAUGCUGCUCUAUUGGUCGAUAUUCCCCGAGUCCCUGCGGUGGCUGAUGGCUACCCAGCAGUUUGAGGCUGCAAAGAAGCUGAUCCUGCACUUCACGCAGAAGAACUGCAUGAACCCUGAGAGUGACAUCAAAGGUGUGAUGCCUGAGCUGGAGAAGGAGCUUUCCCGGAGGCCCAAGAAGGUCUGCAUCGUGAAAGUGGUGGGAACCCGGAACCUGUGGAAAAACAUCGUGGUCCUGUGUGUGAACUCGCUGACGGGCUACGGGAUCCACCACUGCUUUGCACGGAGCAUGAUGGGCCACGAGGUGAAGGUGCCGCUGCUGGAGAACUUCUAUGCCGACUAUUACACCGUGGCCAGUAUUGCCCUGGCAUCCUGCCUGGCUAUGUGCAUGGUGGUCAGGUUCCUGGGGCGCAGGGGCGGGCUGCUACUCUUCAUGAUCCUCACAGCCCUGGCCUCGCUCCUGCAGCUCGGGCUCCUCAACUUGAUUGGGAAAUACAGCCAGCAUCCAGACUCAGAGUUGCAGCUGAAGUUGGCCGUAGGUAUGAGUGAUAGUGUCAAGGACAAAUUCUCCAUCACGUUUUCCAUCGUGGGCAUGUUCGCCUCCCACGCGGUGGGAAGCCUCAGUGUGUUCUUCUGUGCAGAGAUCACCCCCACGGUAAUCAGGUGCGGCGGGCUGGGGCUGGUGCUGGCUAGCGCGGGCUUCGGCAUGCUGACAGCGCCCAUCAUCGAUCUGCACAACCAGAAAGGCUACUUCCUGCACCACAUCAUUUUUGCCUGCUGCACGCUCAUCUGCAUCAUCUGCAUCCUCCUGCUGCCUGAGAGCAGGAACCAGAACCUGCCCGAGAACAUCUCCAAUGGGGAGCACUACACUCGGCAGCCGCUCCUGCCGCACAAGAAGGGGGAGCAGCCCCUCCUGCUCACCAACGCUGAGCUCAAGGACUACUCCGGCCUCCACGAUGCGGCCACCGCAGGGGAUGGGCCGCCCGAGAACACCACAGCCAAUGGCAUGAAGUCUAUGUAGCUCUGCGCUCGGCCUUCCCUGAAGGAGGCACUGUGGGCUCCAGGGGCUUGGGGGCUGUUUGGGCACAGGUUUACAGACCAGGGACCGAACACGUGGCUGGGUAGGGGAGGGGAGGCAGAAAAACCCAAUUCUGCUGCUGAUGCCACGGAUCGCAAGACUGUCAACUGGUGUGGGGAAAUUGUCUUUCCAAAACUCUAAGGAUCGUGUGUGUGAGGAAGCAAACUCUUUGAAAAUAACCCUUCAGACUUUCUUUUCUGCCAUGAAAUGUUUGUAUUUAUUUUGGUCAUUUUUACGAGAAGCACUUUAUUCCCUUUCCUCUAACUGAUCUCGAAACAGAACCACCUCCUUCGGAAGAGGGACAUGGUUGCCGAGGAAGACACCGUAAGUAGCCAGCGCAGCGGCCCUGGAGGUCACACACCACCCUCGUCCAGCACCCCACACCGGAGCCAGGGGUCACUCACUCUGGGCCCACAUCCCCCAAGGCCGCCUGCCUGUGUGCAGACAGACUGACCUGUCAUGGAGUGUCUCCAUGACCACAUUGUAGACAGAGUGAAAUGUAAAUGAUUAGGUUUUUGCUAGAGAGUCUGUGUAUGGUUUCUAAAGGGUGUGUGUGUGUGUGCGUGCGUGUGUGUGUGUGUGUGUGUGUGUGUGUGUGUGUGUGUGUGUGUGUUUGUGAGGUAAGAGCUUCUGUUCCAUGUGUUGGGGGAAAGCAGCUCCCAAAUAUCAUUAAAACCAGCUUAGUCUUUCCUUCGAGAUCAUCCUUUUGUACUUGAUGCUGGAAGCUCCUUGGGGCAAAGUGUACACAUUUCACCAGAAAUCCUAAGUAACGGGUGGUACUAAGGUCACGGUCUGCCAACACUGGUUUGCCUGGCCGAGCUCACGACGAGCAAGGGUGUGGAGAGGUGAGGCGCGGUAACGCCAGGCAUACUCCUUCCCGGGUUUAGCUCCGGCAGGAAAGUCCCCUCUGUCACACUUGGCUUCCUCGCCAGCACAGCCUGAACACGAGGCUACUUUCUGAACUGAAAACCAAUAGGAAACUAACUGACACAGACCACUGAGGCAAACCCACAGGAGCGAGGGGUCCUCUCCCGGACGUGGCCUGUCACCCACAUCUCGAGCACAUGCCGCAUAGAAAUCACCAGCCUGGAUGACUGUCAGCUCCCACCCACUUCACGCUGAGACACUGCAAAGCUUAUGGGAGCCAUCCCCCACGCAGCCCUGCCUUGGCCUGCUUCCUGCUUCCUGUCACCUCUAUCAGCAGAGGAGGGCGAGGAGUGGGGCUCUCACAGGUGAGUCCACCUGACCUCCGGCCUCUUCAAGCAUCAAGACCCAGUUGAGAGAAAGCAAUAACUCACCAAAGUUCAACACCCACCCCGUCCGCGAUAGCCAAGGGUUUUCAUCGUGUUCCUCACUGCGUCCCCGACAGUGAAGGCUUCCUCCUGCCUUUCCAGGUCAGGCUUUCUGCGCCCGAGGAGCGCGUCACGGGAGACUUGGAGGGCCUCCUCAAGGACACCCAGGGGGCCACGAACAAACAAGCUUCGUUGGCGCAGGCAGGCGCUGCCUUGUAGCAACGCAGGCACCCAAUUUUUUGGACAGCCUGGUUUCUUUCUAGAAUUGUCCACCUCCACACUUUGUGACACAUGUCUUUGCUGUGAGCCGUGUUCUUCCAGGGAGCUUGUGGUCUCGAGUCUGUGAAGCAAUUAGGGGACUUCCAUUGGACAGCGGCUAGAACUCAGAAGGGCCAGGAAAGAGGUUGACGUAACUUCCCUUUCAUCCCCGUCCAGCUUUCCACCCGGUCUGUUCUCAGUCCACCCACCACCCUCCCCCAAAACUGCCAGACCCCAGUACGAGCCCACUGGCUUGCUACAAACACCGUGAGGAGGUGAGCCAACUCACAGAGUAAACCACACUGUCUCCUCACCAGUGCCUGGGACGGAAGAUGCCCGGCGGGCACUCCCCAGCACCACCCGCUCCAAGCCCAGCUCACCCACACCUCCCUUCAUUGCUUUUAAGUCACUUUGUUCCACGUUUCAAUGAGAUCUUCCUUUCCAUCUCUGCAGCCUUCACGUGCCAAACUUGCGGGAUACCUUUUGCCUUUUUUAAAGUACUUACUACAAAGCCCCCAGGAGGCAAGACCCAGUCAGCCCAGGACAGGACCUGCGCAGCAGCCGGGCCACCGGGGGGUGGGGGGAACACUUGGGAAGGAGCCGGCGAGGGCCCCGAGGCUGCACCCGACCGGGUGUCUGUCUGCAUCCCUCACCCCAGCGCCAGGACGGCCCGCUUGCUGUCCUCCAGGACUUGGGCGCCUUCCCUCGCUGGCCACGUGGACCUUUGUGGACCUUCUGUGAGAACCGUCCUGAAACUGGCGCAAGCCGCCACUAAUCUCUAGCCCGGAGGGCAGAGGCGAGGCACGGCAUGGACAAGGUCCUGUUCCUCGGUCUCUGAUCUCCAUGUGAUGGGACAACUGUGAAGACCAGUCCAGCGGAGACAGCAGUCAGCACUGUCACUUCAGUGAUCCGGACUAGAAGAGAAGCUGGCUAUGGGGACCGGGCCCUUGGGACCAAAGUCUAGCAGAUGUGAACACGGCUGACUCGCCAACAAUCCGUGAUGUCCUGGCAAAGAGGUCCCACAGCUCUUCUCUGGCGGCAGCCGCGGGGUUAGGCUGAGCUGCUCUCUUGCUGGUUCGGCUUCGGGACACCCGAAGCUCUUAAGGAACGCCUUUAUGAGACGAGGACGAAGCAGGAAAGCUGCCGUGCGGGCUGAGCUCGGGGAGAUCCCGAACCAUGCGAGCAAGGCAAGAGGGGCCGUCUGCGCAGGAGGGGGCUGCUGGCCCCAGCUCCCUGGCGCGGGGUCAGCGGUGCGUGGACUCCUCGGUCCUGCUGCCUCCGUGCUUAGUGAGGAAACACUUCUCAGGCACCUGCUACUUCAAGUCCACCUUCCCCACUGCCUCCACCCCACCCCCUCCUGCCGGGGGGAGACAUCCCCAGCUCCAGCUUCCUCCACCGCCCACUCCUGCAUCCUGCUAGCUUAUCAGGGAGCUGUGAUCCCCUUCCAAUAAAAGUUAUGCACAAAUGUGAACACCUGAGACAGGGCUGGAUAUUUCUUCAUUUUGUUCUUCUCCAGAAGUCAAGAGUAACGCCACAUCCCCUAAAGGGUAGCGCCUCAGACAAAUAGGAAACAGUUUUAAAUGCUUUGUCUUCUAAGAGUAGAAUCCUUUGCAACCAGGGGAAGGGGGCUGGUAGGUUGGUUUGGCCACACAACAGAAAGAGAGCAAAACUAAACCUCGUGAAGGAAGUAAUUGCACUCAAACAUUACCACUUCCUAGAGCCAAACAAGAAAUGACUGAAGUGCCAUUAAGUGACCCGUGUGACCAUCACAUAGCCCGCCCCUGGGGGCCCGCGGGCACACGCACGUCCUGGGGGAGCCCACACUUAAACUCUUUUAAAGAACACCUCACUUUAAUGUAUUGUGUGUUUUGGAAAAGCAGUACACUGUGUUAUGUCUAGUGGGGAAUACUUCCCUCCCUCUGUCCUUUCGGCAACCCCCACUCAUUUGAGGUUUCUGUGUAAGAACCGUGUUACUGUACAUGUCGACCGGGAUUACUCUGGAGGUGCUCAUUCAUAGCACAAGCCUAAAUCGAGUUCUGAACUGUCGUUCAAAGCUAAACGUCUGCAUGAUGUCACAUCUGUUGUACCUUUGGGGAAAAUUUGUAUGUAAAUGUACAGAAAUAAAAAAUGUUGCCCCAUUAACAAAUUUCCACUGGAAUGUCUUCCCUACCUCAUCUGAUGGUAUCCAAUGAAGGGCAUUUCAUGACCAUUGACUACAAGUAAUAAAAACUCUACCUGUU